ACAAACACAGCGUUAACCGUUGGGUACAUAAACUUUUGGCCAGCAACAAAUCGAUAGCCGAGAUGAAGCUUCGAAACGACUUCAUGUACCACCUGGUUACGUCCGUUCAGGAGGGUGAGCUCCGAGCGCCGUUCAAUCAGUACCCGCCGUCAGCGCCGUUAAGUAAUCUCACAUACCUGUUGACGGGCAACGCACCAAGCGCAGGAAAGGACGGAAAUAAAGGCGGUGGCUCGUGGGAAUGUGACUUGUCCAGCGAGGAUACGGAUAAGCCAAUGUUGUACAGACAAUCUCCGGACGGCGGAGCUUUUCUAGCAGCGCAGCCCGUGCCUAAGUGCGGUGCGUUCUGUUACUUGGCCGUGGUCAGCAAGCCUCCGGCCAAAGACGACAAACCCAAACUAUAG